AUGGAAGAUUUUGGUUUAAGUCCAGGCGUUGUCGUAGUACGCGCAAAACCAGAAGGUCAAAGAAAGACUUUCAAACCAAAUAUACGUGCAGUAAACAAAAUCCCUGCUGAAUUAUUGAAUGAUCCUAUAAUAAAUAAAGCAUGUGAAGCCUUGCCACAAAAUUAUAACUUUGAAAUACACAAAACUAUAUGGAGAAUAAGAUCAUUGGGGUCAAAGCGGGUCGCCCUUCAACUACCUGAAGGUCUAACGAUGUUUGCUACGACAUUGUGUGAUAUAAUAGAGACUUUUACUGAAGCUGACACAGUCAUAAUGGGCGACGUAACGUAUGGGGCGUGCUGCAUCGAUGACUUCACCGCUAUAGCACUUGGCGUUGAUCUGCUAGUACAUUACGGACACUCUUGUUUGAUACCAAUAGAUCAGACAUGUGACAUCAAGGUACUCUAUGUAUUUGUUGAUAUUAAGAUAGACCCAUCACAUUUUAUGGAAACUGUUAAACUGAACUUUCCUAAGCAAACUCAUUUAGCUUUAGUUAGUACAAUACAAUUUGUUACAACCUUGCAUUCUGUUGCUAAAAUACUUAGAAGUGAGGAAUAUACUGUGACUGUGCCACAGUGUAAGCCUUUAUCACCAGGGGAGAUCCUGGGUUGUACAUCUCCUAAGUUAAAUUCUGAUGUAGUGAUAUACUUAGGUGAUGGUAGAUUCCAUUUGGAAUCUGUUAUGAUAGCUAAUCCAAAAAUACCUGCAUUCAAAUAUGACCCUUAUGAGAAGAAAUUUACUUCAGAAUUGUAUGAACAUGAAAGCAUGCAAGCAAAUAGACAUAGUCAAAUCCAAAUAGCUGAGAAAGCAAACAGUUUUGGCCUUAUACUUGGAACAUUAGGGAGACAAGGCAGCACUAAAGUGUUAAGUAAUUUGGAAAAGCAAGUUAGUAACUCUGAUAAAAAGUUUGUGAAGAUACUUCUGUCAGAGAUUUUCCCUAGUAAAUUAGCAUUAUUUGGUCUGGAUGCUUUUGUUCAAGUGGCUUGUCCAAGAUUGUCCAUUGAUUGGGGAACAUCAUUCCCUAAGCCACUACUGACUCCAUAUGAGUUCUCUGUAUCACUAAAUAAUAGUAAAUGGUUAAAAGAUGAUGGGACAUAUCCCAUGGAUUUCUAUUCUAAUGAUAGUUUGGGGCCUUGGACACCUAAUUAUAAGCCUGUCAUGUGUUCAGAAUCUGACAAGCAAUGUGAUAACUGCUGUGGUGGUAAGGAUAAGAAAUAA